AUGAAAAAGGUGUUUUAUUGGGCCGAACAGCUAUUCAAUGUGCUUCUAUAUUUACGUGACGAAAAUGUCGCGCAUCGUGAUAUCAAACCAGGAAAUAUCAUGGUAACCGAGCAUUUCGAUUUGAUGCUUGGCGAUUUCGGGCUCGUUCGAGAGAUUGAUCCGGCCGCUAAUUCGACGUUAACUCAUACUGGAACAAAACUAUACAUGCCACCCGAAAUAAGCAAACCCAUUCGACCAAGACCUGACGAGAGAAAGUUUGAUAUCUUGAUGAAAAGCGACCUCUACUCGAUGGGACUCGUGCUUUGGGAGAUCAUCGAGAGAAGACAAAUCUGUUUUGUGAGCGCUUGGGAUUGUUGGGAUAAAUUUGUCGAGGAUCUCUGGAGUGACGCUUUUGUGUUACCAUUAGCCGAAUGCGAUCACGAGAUCAAGCUGUUAAUCCAAAUGUGUGUUGACGCAAAAUACUAUCGCCGACCCACGACCGAAGAAGCUUGUAAAACGAUCCGGGAAAUGAAUGAUAGAUUCGUGAGCACAGCAAUUUGCUUUGAAAACAACAACCGAAAUACACUCAUUCGCCCGCUCGGCUUCGACGGAACAAUGGAUGAAGUGUCUGUUUCUGACAGCUAUCUCAGUUUUUACGACAUCUACCACUGGAAUGAACCAAAGUACCGAGAAAACCGAAUCGAAAAAUUCAUCGCCCAAUUGGACUCUUUACCAAGAAAUUUCCACGAGUUGGAGAUAUUCUCGAAAAUCUAUCAAACGCUCUCUCCAGAAGAUUUUCUUAACAACCAUCUACCGGAGCUCUGCAAAACGGUGCUCAGAAAGGAAAUUCUGCAAUUUAUUGAGGCUCAACGUCUAUUUUUGUAUCCAUACACAUUCUACACCGAUGAAACGCCAUCAUUCCAAGAAUUCUCAAUCCCGGGAAAGCUACUCCAAUCAUUAAUCAAUGAAACAGUUUUGGUUUCUGAUAAAAAAAUUCAGAAAACGGUUUUGGAAAGGGAAUGGCGAGCGUUGAUUUUAUAUUUGUGGACACAAAGCUUAUUGAUGGAAGAUUCGUUCAAAAAACUUCACCAAAAGCUGGCCACCUUUUUCUCCGGUGAAAUUUUAGAGCUAGAACACCGAGACCAUUUGGAAAUGGAACAGAUUGGAGUGAUCUGCAUCAAUCCAACAGUUUGCCUAAUUCCUCCAAUCAACGCUCGUCUCGAUCCAAGACAUCCUUUCAGAGGAACUUUUUUCAUCGAAUCACCAUUACCCCUAAAUACUUAUGUCUUUCAAUUAAGCGUGAGUCCAAUUGGAUCAAAAGAGAGGCUUUAUUCACAAUUGACAGCUAGAGAACUACUCAAUUACAACUCAGCUCACGCUUGGUUUACUGCUCGUCUUAAAAGUGAAGCCCCGAAAACGAAUUUUCCCGAAACAAUCGGCUUCUCGUGCUUCUACUUCUUCCACACUAAACAGAUAAAGGAUACAAUUUUCUCUAGAUCAAAAAGAUAUUUGAUUUUCGAUCUACCAACAAAUGGCCAGCAAGUUUUGUGCUUGGAUUUAAGCACAAAACGAUUGCUCAAGAGAUGCAUCAGAAAUGAGGACAUUGAUAAGGAGAGAUUUGUGUUGAUGCAGUUCGAUGAAUUGCUCGAGAUUUUGAGAAAGAAUGAAAGUCUGGAAAAUAAAGAUGAUAGAGAGAAUGUGAAAGAGCCGUACUAUUACACGAUUAGGCCACUAGUUGAGGUUCCACCAUGUGUCAUAGUGAUGCCCAAAGAUGAUGGAGUUGAAGCAAACCCCCGAAAACACAACCCCACCUAUGACUCGAUCGAAAUCACGUACACAGGCCAAAAUGGAAUGGCCCGUGAGGAAAAACCCGGCCAUACCAAUGAAUCUUUGGGAUGGUGGAGCGUGGAUCAAACAGAAUGUCUUUUUUUUUCAUUUCUUCGUCGCGAUGCUGCCACUCUACUUCACCUGAUUCAACAAUACGUCUCCCCAGGUACAAAAAUUGUUUCCGAUUUUUGGCGUGCAUAUGGGAGCAUCUCGAGUCUUCAAGCAAACUUCCAACAUGUUGCCGUCAAUUAUAAACUCUGUUUCGUCGAACCUAACGAUCCCACUGCGCACACCCAAGGUGUCGAAGGAAUGAAUACGCAG